AGUAGGAGCUGGGGUGAGCAGCCGAUGCUGGCGAGCCCUCGCCUUCGCCCAUAUAUAACAAGCCCCCUCGACCGGUAGCAUUGAUAGCGGCCGUGGACCUUCACCAAUGUCUUUCGAAUUCGUUCACGUUACCAGCGAGCGGCCAUUGCUAGAUCGAGCCGCAUCGACCCGCGUCAAAACACAAGUGAUGAGAAACUUCCAUCAGGCUCAAGGACGCGAGCGACGAGAUGGGACGUUUGGCACGACACUUCGAACCGCGGGCUCUAGUCUUAUCACAGAAGACCAGUCUGCGCCGGCCGCUGUUUGCCCCGUUGCAUCCCACGGUGCCUGGGUGUCGAACACCGAGCUCGCACGCAUGGCGCAGACGGUUCAGGCCCACCGGAGAUGGCUAGAGUCUUACCGCAACUCCCAGGAUGCCGGUCCCACAGUCGCCAAUGCAGCAUGGCGAUCUUCAAACUCGCUACUCGUGCUGUAUGCACAGUGCUUGGAGGCCAUUGGCUUGUCAGAAUCCCUCGGCCAGUCGCGGAUAUUCUGGACUGAGGAGCAGAAGACUCGGAUCAAAGUCGGACUUCUACAACUGCUUAUUGACAGGCUAGGAGAUCCCGACACGGCGUUUGAAGACGAAACGGUCGCCGCGAUUGUAUGUCUGGCGAGUUAUGAGCUGUACACAGCAUCGAGCGAGGUGAUCAUGCACCUGCGUGGCGUCAGUGAGAGUCUUCGACUUCAAACACCUCCACACCGCUUCCAAUGCCCGUCUGUACCAGUUUUGAUGGAAAUCGUGGAUCUAUUGCAUGCUUUGGCGAUCGGAAACUCGACACUCUAUACUGACGGUUUGGCCAUGCGAGGUGUCGCAUCGCCCGCGAGUCUCUCAACAGAUCCACGUGCGGCCGAGGACGCCGUUGUUCAUGUUCGGAUGUAAGUACCUGGCUCAAACGUAACCACAGUUGGUACUGCCAAAGCUGACUUGAUCGAAGAUUGCUCGCCGCUUUGGAAGGUGACAAGGAGCGAAGGCCAUGGUAUCUGGCCCAGCUAAGUCGUGCGUUGU